AUGGCCGUGGAAAUGAUCGUCGAGCCGAAGUGGGUUGUGCAGAACUUUGGAAACGUGCGCAUCCUCGACGCCUCGUGGACGUUCAAGCCGAAGCCCGACAUUGCCGAAUACAAGGCCAAGUACUUCAACAAGUUUGGUGUGGCGAUGAACGAGCUGAAGAACCAGGACUAUCUGGCGGAACACGUGAACGGCGCCGCCCAUUUUAACUUUGACAUUGCCUACUAUCCGACGGAAGAGGAGCGCUUCACGCUCUAUGACCCGGAGAUGUUCUCGGCGUACGUGAAGCGUCUCGGCGUCUUCAACGGCGACCACGUCAUUAUCUACGCGCGCGGGAAGGACGGUGGAAUGCCGGCCGCCGCCAGAGCCUACUGGACUUUUAGAGUGAGCUUUUCGACUCGGAUUCGGAAUUGAUCACUGUUCUUUUUUCAGUACUACGGCUACACGACGGUGUCUGUGCUGAAUGGAGGUCUGGAGGCGUUCAAGCUCGCGCAGGGAGUAGUUCAAUCCGGUGAGAGCAUGAUCUCGUCCGGUAACUUCGAGGUCAAGGGCACCGACGUCAGCAUCCUGGCCAAGUUGGCGGACAUUCCGUUCGACAACCUCGCUUCGAUCAAGUACCUAGACGCCCGUGUUAAGGAGGAGUUCACCGGCAAGACGCCCAUCGGAUAUCCGGACUCGAAGGCCGAGGGAGUGCGCUGCAAGGACGCCAUCAGCUUCCCGAUUUCGGAGAUUUGCGGAGCCAAGGGCUACAAGAAGAAGGUGGAUUGUGAUCAAGGUUAGACCGUUUUUAGACGAUUGGAACCCAACUCAAUCUGAAGUUUCAGCGUUCGCCGCCAAGGGCAUCAAGGUCGGAGACACUGUCGUGAUUGCCUGCGGCAUUGGAAUCUCGGCGUCGGCCGUUUGGCUCGCUGCGGCCCGUUCCGGCAUUGUGGCCAAGGUGUACAAUGGAGGAGUUCACGAGUUGGCCAACAAGGCUCCGCAGCACCUGAACACGAAAGGAUGA